GUUGAGUACGAUGGAGGCUCCUUGGUCGACAUGACUGCUUGUACUCUAACAGAGCACGAUCCUGUGACUGAUGUAGCCAUUGUAUCAAAAAAGCAAGCCUGUCCUUACGGAUACAAGCUGGUUGAUACCACUGUGGGUGGAUUGCCUGCAGAUCUAGCUGACAAGAAGUUGCUUGGAAAAGAUCAUCGAUUUUUUGUUAUGACUAGAGAAUUUCCGUUACCAACGGGGAAUUAUGUUGUACAAGACCUCCAGCUGUUUUCUGAAGGACAUCCGGUGCCUAUGGGAUAUGAGAUAGUUAGCCAUACGAAAAAUGAUGGUUUGUUGUCACUGAGAAAGGUCAACUUUUGUCUCAAGAGAGCUUAUCGCGAGCAUAUAGUAUCUUGUGUAUGUGACAUAAUCUUUGUAAACCUUCGGAAGAAAGAGAUUUUGCCUCCACAUUAUGUAGGCAUUGGUGAGGUAAAUGGACUGACAGUUGCUGUACAAUUUGGUGGAAUUCCAGGAGCAUUACAAAGACCUCCGCCAAUUGGUCAAUCUGUGGGUCUAAGUAAGAAGUCUGUACUUACAUCACAUGCAGAAGGACAUAAUUCUUCUCAGACUCAUGAAGAAACAGCGAAGGGUGUGGAUGAGAUGCAAUACAGCAUAUUUCAGGCAUAUUUCUAUCAUGGAGUGCCACCUCGUCCAGAUGAAGACAUUGCCAGAGCUGAAGAAAUAGGGAAAAUGCAAGAACAAGAUGAUGAAGGGACGGCUGCUGUUUGUCUUAUUCCUGAGGGUUUAGAUUUAUUUUCUCGUUUUCAAGACAAGGUGGCAGAUCCAGAAAGCCUUCCAGGGAUUCAUUAUGAUGAAUAUCAAGAGGAAAGGGAGGAAAAGCACAACAGAAGAGAUUCCUUCUCUUCUCGACGUAUCUACCAAUCAAUGAGACCGAUUUCUGUUGUCCCUCUGACAGCUAUGAUUGGCAUUCAGUUUAAAGUAAACCCCACAACAAGAGUCAGUUCAUCAAUAGACCACUUGCUAUCUAGUUCAGAUCUUGAUUUGCUGUAUGUUGAACAUGCUGAAGAGGUGGAAGAGAAGUUUAUGUAUUCAUUUGCUGUGGAAAGGGAGUUUCUUUUCAAGGAUACAAAACCAAGUGCUUCUGUUGAUGGUGAAUGCAUAAACAUUGGAGGUCAUUCCAUAGUUCUACCAGCAAACCAGCAUAAACCAAGAACACAGUCACCACAGCACAAACGGAGAAAUAAAUCAAAGUCAAAAACAGCAAAGAAAGACAAACAUCAAGUGUCUGAGAAAUUAACAGAAGGAGACUAAAAACGAUGAUAGUCUAUAGCGGUUAGGGAACUGCUUCUUCAUGGUGAUUUGUCUACUACAGUAGUAUAGGUGUACAUGUGGUAAAGGCUUCAGUGAAGCAUGUAUGGUUGUUUAGUCGUUUGGCUGUGUAGUUACAAUAAGUAUACAUACACAUGAUACUUUAAUUGAGGUCUAGUA